GUGCAAGUGCAACUACAUAUAGCCCCUCCGGUAAGUUCCCUUUAAUAACCUAAUAAUUCCUUGGUAAAUGACAGAGAUCAGUAACUUCUCUGAUACCUUUCAUUCAGUAAUACACCCCAUUCCAAAAUUAAUAGUCCCUUAUAUAAAUCUUACAAUUAAAAUUAUAUAACUUGCCCUAUAUAACUUAAUCAUUUAAGUCUUCACUUUAAGACCCUUUAAAGUCUUCACUUUAAGACUCCUUAAAGUCUUCACUUUAAGACUCCUUAAGUGUUCACUCUAAGACCUCUUAAAGUGUUAACUUUGAUUCCCCUUAAAGUGUUCACUUUAAGACUCCUUAACGUGUUCAGUUUAAGACUCCUUAAAGUGUUCACUUUAGCACUCCUUAGAGUGAACACGUUAAGACUCCUUACAGUGUUCACUGUAAGACUCCUUAAAGUGUUCACAUUUAGAACGCCUUAAAGUGCGCGAUUUAGGACUCCUUAAAUUGCACUUGGUUGGACAAACGAUCUUCUGUAAUUCUUCCAUUAACUUGUGCAGACGCAUAAUGCACUAUGAUUCCUUAUUGACUUUGUGCUAAAUGAGCCACGAUAACUGAGUUCAUCUAACAAGGAAAAUACGUUUUGAAUUUUUUUUCAGUACCUUCUUCAAGCGCGACUUUAAGACCUCAACCAACUACUGCAACACCAAGCAGUUCAUCUAAACCAACCAACAUGUGGGAUAAAGCCAUCGACCUGGCUACACCCCUGGGAACUUUUAUCAUUGUUAUAGUCGCCGUGGCUUUGGUUCUUAUCCUGCUUAUUGCUCUUAUCUGUGUCUGUGUAAGUAAACUUCAUUUCUGUUAUAUUAAAAAGAGCUACGUCACGAUUUUUUUGGUAUUACAAUCAAUCCCUAAAAAAAAGUGGGAAACAGAAGUAACUAUGAAAUAAUGGUUAAUUUUCAUUGCAAAAAAUACUCCAAAACAAUACGCCAUCUUUAAGUGUGUCUUUGGCUUUGAAUGGUCAGGUUGGAAACGGAUGGCAACUUGACAAAUUCAGUGGGCCAACUUUUUCAGGCUGACCAAAAACUGAUUACUGAAAACACUCUGCUUUGUCUUUCAGUGCAAGUACAGGAGACUAAAGAAGCGGACUCACUUAUUCGACCACAUGACAAUCAAUGAAUCUGAAUGGAUACGGAGCAACGACGAUCUGCUUAUGUGGGAGCGAAAUCUGCGUGCUUCAGAAGUUAAAACCAAUAACGGCGUUUCAAACAGGCCACUUAACGAAAAACGUUCUUAAAAGUUAACGUGCAGUCCCUGGUAAGUAAUGAAUCAGAAUUUUUAAACCUGAUUUGAACAGCACCAGUUUUCAACAGAGGUAUGAGAAAGAAGACUAACAUUUUUCCCUUUGGUCCUGUUACGUGUGUGUGACGCAAUUCACAUAUUGCAUUUUAUGAACUCACAGAUUUUUAAGAUCGUGUAGAAUGUACACUUACUCAAGUGACUAUAGUAUACCUAUUGCCCCACUGAAAAAAUCUCCCUGUGUUAAACAUUGCUUCUAGCUGUCGACAAACAGACUAAUUUUUCAGUUACUGUCAAUCGUCAUCCCUUUGGUACUCGCAAAUUAAGGUCACCGUGGUGAAAUUAUCUGUAGGACGCUGCAAAAUUCUUUCUUGCUGUGGCACUGCAUUUUUGGUCCAAAAUAUGUUAUGUACAUUUUAUCAGUGUUUAGUAAGAGGUUGAUAGUCUGUGAAAACAAGAAACCACAUAUUAAUUUAUCUAUUUUUCUAUAGAUCUCAACAACCGUAAAAGAGACUUUUUCAAGGAAGCCAUGAAAAUGACAAUCUUGUGGAGCACUUAAAUUCAUUCUGUCAGUGACUCUUGAACCUAAAUUGAACUUAUACAGCGAACUUACACUUCAAGUGCUUUUUGUUAAACCAGUAGCUAUCGUUGCAUUUUCUGGCAAAUGUUAACGUGAGGUAAUUUAAAGUGGUUUGUUUAUCUUACGAGGGUCAUCUUUUAUGCUCAAGUAGUGUUAUUUUGGGCAUACCACAUUUUGCUCACUCGUGCUACAUCUAAGUUCGAUCUGAGAGCAAGAGCUUAUAACCAUCAGGGACCUUGGUUUUUUCAGGUCGUAGAGCAUGUUAUUUAAUCCUGGUAUGAGAAAAUAGUGAAAAAAGGUUUAACAAAUAUGGAAUUAAAGUUUUAGAUAUUCGGUAGAGCUAUUUUCUGAAAACAAAAAAUUUAAGUACAAUUUAAUCAACGUUACCCGUGUAAACAUUUAUAUUUAUCUUUUUUAUCGAUUGUGAUCCUAUACCAUUAAACGAAAAUUUAUAGGUAGGAUAACUGUAGCUGGUGAUUAAAAUAAGUAAGAUAUAAAAAGUCUUUGUUAGAUUUGUUUUAAGAGUUGGUAUUUUGUGCUUAUUUACUAAAUUAUUUGACCGAACGAAAUAUUGUUAGUCUUACGUACAAAAGUUUACUGUAACUUGUAAAUAGUAUAUUUUUAUAGACAUGAUUGGCUGUCAUAUCAAAUACCCAAGGUAUCUCUGCCAGUAAUACGUCAGCGGUGUGAAAGGGAGCGGUCCUUGAGCCAAAGUCUUCUAAAGAGCCUCUAAGAUAGCAAACCAAUUGCACUGACUCAACUGACACAUAUAUUCAUUAUACAAUGUACUUAACAGUCUCUAAUCAUCAGAACUCAGUCAACUCAGUCAAUUUUAAUGCUAAGCAUUAUUUUUUGAUUGACCAAGGUCAACCACUCGAGUUCGUCUGGGUUUGUAAACGCAUACAAACGUAAUGUGCUGUUAUGGUUGUGCACGCGGUAACAGCCGCCUGGUAAACAUAGUUGGAAACCGCCGCGCCACUCCUUCUGGUAGACCUGGGUUUAAAACCCGGUCGGGCCACCAACUAGGGUCUUAAAAAAGGUGGUAAUAUCAUGCUGGCUGAGUUUAAGAUCUUGUCGCCGUCAAUUGAGAUGUGUUAAGCCGUCGGCCUUGCUCGUUCAUCCUUCCUUUACUGGGAAACGCGAUCGUUUAGGAUGAUCUUUUUUGUGUCGUUUCAGGUUGGCACAGUGGCCGUACACUCAUAACUUUGUAGGCGUUCACAAACUUAUUCUCGACCUCGUGUGGACAUAGUCAGCACUGCUGAGCAGCUUUG